UAAAUAGGGACACAUGACACAAUCCUACGGAAGGAACUGAUUUAACCAAUUAAUUAAACCCAAAAUUUUAAAAACCACCCAUAUCCGUCCAUCUAUCCACUUAACCCACCCGUAUAACCCAUUACUCACCAUCUUAUCUCCUCCUCCAAUUGUUCAACCCAACUGUAUAGAAAUUGAUGUGUUACCCUGUAGUUCCCCUAAAAAAAUUUCUUCAAAUAUCAGAAAAUAUAACCUAUAUGAGGAUCUCCUUGCUUUUCACACCAGUGAGCUUCUUCAUCCGGCGAUUCUCCACGAACGCCGUCACCUUAGUGUCGUAUCAGACGAGCAUUGAAAAAUUAUGAAUCUUUGUAGGAUUAAUUAGGAAAUUUCAACUCAAAAUUCAUAUGGAUGUCAUGGAAAGAAGUGAAGAUUCAUUGCAAGCGAAAGCAACAACAAUGUCGAAAGAAGCAUCAAAUGAGAUGAACCAACCAAACAAGAAAGCAUAUGAAUGCAAAUUACUCAAUUGAUUUAAACAAGAAAGAUGGGUUGGCCACCAAAGCCUGCACUUUCUAUUGGUUCUUCUCAUUUUUCACCCAAUUUGUCUAUUCAUUUCUACUUUUGAUUCAAAAUUUUGACCAUUUGGGUGUCUAAAUCUUCCAUUUUUGUGGCUUUUUGGUGGAUUUUUUGCGGGUUAAUUACAAAUCUCUCGGGUAUUUUGGAAUUCUGAAAAGAGAAGAAUUACACGCGGAUAUGGGUGGUUUUUAAAAUUUCAGGUUUAAUUAAUUAGUCAAAUCGGGUCCUUUCGUAGAAUUGCGUCACAUGUCUCUAUUUGGUCUUCCAUCAGAGUGAAGUACAUAUAUGUUAUGGUUUUUGAACGGUAGGAGGCUAGGAGCACCAAUAUUCCAAAAGUAUAACAGAGAAUAUUUGCAUAUCAUUUACCAAGUAUAUUUGUCAUUUUUCCCAUUAUAAAAUCUCAUUCAAAGUAUAUUAAGCACAAUUGAGUAAGUUUCAAAUUUUAAUCUUGCCCUGUCCUCCCAUGGGAAAUCUAGGCUUUCAUCUCUGCAUUUUAAUAUCCCUAGCUUGUUUUAAUUUCCCAAUUAAUUGUUUUGAUAUACAAAACAAAGUGAAAACAACUCUUUUUGUGUUUGGAGACUCCAUGUUUGAUCCUGGAAACAAUAAUUACAUAAUCAAUCCUUCAGCUUAUAAAGCAAAUUUUGAGCCAUAUGGAAAAUCAUAUUUUAAGCAUCCUACUGGCAGAUUUUCUGAUGGCCGCCUCGUCCCUGAUUUUAUUGCGGAAUUUGCAAAUUUACCAAUGAUUCCAUCAUUUUACCAAGCUCUUCACAAUCAUUCAAUUAAUCAUGGAGUGAACUUUGCAUCUGCUGGUGCUGGUUGUCUAGAUGAAACCUACAGUGAAAAGGUGAUCUCCCUAAAUACUCAAUUAGGCAAUUUUAAGAUUAUAAGAAAAAAGUUGAAGGCACAACUAGGGAAAAAAGGUUCAAAGGCAUUGUUAUCCAAUGCAGUCUACUUGUUCAGCAUAGGCAACAACGAUUAUCUACGUCUUUAUGACAUUCCAGAUAUACCUUCAGACAUGUCUUGUUUAGCUUAUGCAACAGAGCACGAAUACAUGAAUAUGGUGAUGGAUAGCUUCGUUACGGUCAUGAUGGAAAUAUACAAGUUAGGUGGGAGAAAAUUUGGGAUCCAGGGUUUGCUGCCUUUGGGUUGUUUACCAAGAUUUAGGGGUCUUGCUUUUCUUAAGGAAGGUCCUCAUAGUGAUUGCUUGGAUGAACUCAACUCUAUAGUAAAGAAGCACAAUUUAGCUCUUUCGCGAAAAUUUAAACAAUUGAAGAAGAAAUUAAGAGGUUUCGAGUACUCAUUCUUCAGUAUCUUUGAUGCGCUUAAUGAACUCUUUGAAGAUCCUUCAACAUAUGGUUUCAAAGAAGCAAAGGCGGCAUGCUGUGGGUUUGGUCCAUAUAGAGGAUUUGGUAGUUGUGGAAUGGCAGAGGCUUAUGAGUUGUGCAAAAAUGUGAAGGAGCAUGUAAUAUUUGACUCUUAUCAUCCCACUGAAAAGGCUUUCCAUCACUUUGCGCGAGUAUGGUGGCAGGGAAAUUCAAAUGUGGUUGAGUCUCAAAGUUUGAAAUCCCUCUUGGCCUAGCUAUAGUCACUGGUUCGUUACGUUCUUUGUCUUCUUUAGUGGCCAAGUUAAAGUGUUCGUUGUUUGUGUACCAUUUCAUUUUUUUCAAGGUUGAGCUUUUUCAAUUUAAGCUAAUGCUAUGUUUUUCUGCGUCAUAAAAAAUGUUGAUCAUCCAAUUGUAAGUCACUUUAUCUUUUCUUUUUUAAACUUUUUCUUAUUAUAUUGGGGAUCAUGAAGAAGACAGAAAAAGAUGGAAAAUUGAAUUCAUACCAACUAUAAUGUGAGAGACAUUGAACUGUACAUGUAGAACGUAAGCUUUAGUGUUAUGUAUUUUGGUCGAUUGGCUAAAACCCCUAUAAAUUAAAGUUUUUAGUA